GUGCAGAAAGAUCAACCCAGUUCAAACAGCAACAAAGGUCUGCGUGCCUAUUAUAAACAUUCCAAAUUGAUUGUUUACGAAGGGGAUAUAACCAGAGAAGCGGUGGAUGCGAUCGUAAUGCCAAUAACCAGGCAGCGUUAUGAGAAUAUUAAGGAUAGUAUGCCAGUUAGUUUUGGAGAUGUUGUCGUCAGGCUUGAAGAUGACCUGCCUUGUAAGAUGGUUUUGUACGUAAUUGGCUUUCAGAAAGACGAACUGCAAGAACAACAAAGUCAAAGUUAUGUUUCGUUGCCGUUGAUGCGCAAAAUAAUUUUCAACAGUUUAGUAUUAGCAACCAAACACAAUGCCAAAAUAAUCUCCAUGUCAGCUACAGGUCUUCAGUUAAAUGAGGAGUGUGCUGAAACUACCUUCGAUAUUGUUGAAGAGUUUCUGGAAGGGUCAAAUAAAUCAGUACAGGAGAUUCGCUUCAUCAACGGAGAUAAGCAAACUUUGUUAUUUUCGAAUGAAUUGUCGAGACGAUACCAAGCCUUUUAA